UUCUCUCACAUUCUCCAUUGUAACUUCCUUCUCACUUGUCUUUGAGAACACACACAAACACAAGAAGGCCAGAUCCCCAAACACAAUCAAUCCAUAUACAUUGUCCACCCGAUCUCAUCAAUCAAUCAAAUCAGACUCUGAGAAAAGAUCAAAAAGAAGAGGAGAGAGAAGAAAGAGUAAAAGUAAGAAGAAGAAGAACAUGUCAUCUUCGGCUGCUUUUUCACCGGACCACCACCACCAACACCACCUCUCUCCUCCCUCGGAGCAGCUCUGUUAUGUCCAGUGCAAGUUCUGUGAGACCAUCCUCGCGGUGAGUGUUCCUUGCAGCAGUCUUUUCACAACUGUUACGGUCCGAUGUGGGCACUGCACCAAUCUUUUGUCAGUUAACAUGCGUGCUCAUCUUCUUCCUGCUUCGGCUGCUGCUGCCGCUGCAAAUCAACUCCAUCUUGGACAUCAUUUUUUCUCUCCUCAAAACAUUAUGGAGGAGAUGAGAAACACCCCUUCCAACCUGUUGAUGAAUCAGCCGAUUCCAGAGCCCUUCGGACCCGUUCGAGUUGAUGAGCUUCUCAAGCCUCCUGUAGUGAACAGACCUCCAGAGAAGCGCCAGAGAGUUCCUUCUGCUUACAACAGGUUCAUCAAGGAGGAGAUUCAACGUAUCAAAGCAGGAAACCCUGAUAUAAGCCAUCGAGAAGCCUUCAGUGCAGCUGCAAAGAAUUGGGCACAUUUUCCACAUAUCCACUUUGGUCUUAUGCCGGAUCAACCCCUUAAGAAACCCAAUGUGUGCCAACAGGAAGGAGAUGAUCUUCACACGAAAGAUGGUUUUCUUGCCGCCGGCAACGUGGGUGUUUCGCCGUACUAAGAAAAACGAGGGCUUAUAUAUAAAUAGCUAACUAGGGUUUCUAAGUUCCGCACGUACGUAUGCCCUCUUGCCUUGUUGUUUGAAUAUCUAAGACUGAUUAAUCGAUUAGGGUUCUUGUUUAAUGUUGUUGUCUUUGAAUCAAAGUCUUUUACGGGACUGUAGAAGUUGGCUUUGUAUGUGGUCAUCAAUGGUGAGAUCAGAGAGUAAUUUGAGAUUUAAAUCAUCCUUGAAAUCCCUCUGAUAUGAUGUAUCAUCUCAUACAAUUUGUAUUUGCAUUGAUCUAUUGGUUUUAAGUAUUAAUAUUGUUUUUCUAAGU